AUGGCUGACAGAGGCAACCGCGGCAACCGCGGCGGCGACCGGGGCCGGGGUAGCGAUCGAGGACGGGGUGGCGGCCGAGGUGGUGAUAGGGGCCGGGGCGGCGAUCGGGGUCGAGGCGGCGGUGACCGAGGCGGUGGCGGCGACCGGGGUGGUGGCCGAGGAAGAGGAGGCUUUGAUCGCGGCGACUACGGCGGAGGCCGCGGGAGAGGCGGUUACGAUCGUGGAGAUUACGGCGGAGGUCGUGGCAGAGGAGGCUACGAUCGUGGAGGAGGAGAACGCGGCGGUUAUCGUGGUAGCUUCAGCGGCUUCCGGGGAGAUGGUUCGCGAGGCGGCGGUCGAGGUCGGGGCCGGGGGCGUGAUGUCUCUCCUGGUAUUUCCAGGGCCUUUGGCUACGGCGAUGCGAUUCCAACUCCCAAUGCUGAAGUCGCCCAACUUGAAACCCAGAUUGUCUCACUGCAAUCCGCCUCGCUUGCAUCCAUCACCUCUCAGAUGGCUGGCAUGAGUGUUAAAGGCAAAAAGAGAGGAGGCGGCAAUGUUGGCCCCAAACCCCCGCCUCCAAUGAACGACCGGCUCCCUGCCAGGCCAGCGUUCGGCUCACAAGGCAGGCCCGUCGUUCUUUGGGCAAAUUACUUCAAGGUCAAUGUCACCCGUGAUUCUUUCUUCAAGUAUACCAUUGAGGUCAAGAAGAAGGAAACUGAACAGGAGGUCAGGGGCAGGGAACUUUUUCUCGUUAUCAGAGAGACCCUUGCAAAGCUUUUGGAGCAAGACAAGUCUUUUGUCGCUGCCUCAGAGUUCAAGAGCCAGAUCAUCACGCUCAAAAAAGUCAACCUCCCUGAAAACCCCAUGAUCAUCCAGAUUCCCAAAGAUGAGGGAGAUGAUGAGGUCUUGGAAACCUAUCGUGUCCAUUUUCACGGCCCCAGUGAGAUUAAUGUGGGCAGCAUGAAGAAGUAUCUGACGUCCUCGGCUGACGAGCCGGUUACCAAUGAAGACGUCGCCUUCCCACGCUUCCCCGAAGCCGUCGAUGCUCUCAACACCAUUUUGGGUCACGGGCCAAGGAGCGAUUUCGACAAAACCGGUACCAUUGGGUCACACCGUUUCUUCCCCUUUGGCAACGACAAGGUUAUCGAAAAGCUCACCCAUAACUGGCAUGCCCUGUCCGCCGCCCGCGGCUAUUUUCAAUCUACACGUCUGGGAACAGGCCGCAUCCUGCUAAACGUCAACGUGACACACGGUGUCUUUAGGCUGUCAGGCUCAUUGACGGACAUACUCGACAACCUAGGCUUGAGGGCUGCUCCAAAGACCGACUACCAAGCCAUGAAGAAACUCAGGGCCUUUGGCAAAAAAAUUCGUCGAUCCAAGGCCAUACAGGGGUUGGCCACUGCUGGGGAUGUAUUCCGUAAAGGGCGUGGUAUUGCCAAUCCACCAAAGUUUGACCGUGAUUGGGAGUAUGCGGGACCAAAAAAUGUCCAGUUUUGGCAGAACACGGAUGGAGGAGGAGGCCGAUAUAUCACAGUCUUCGACUAUUUCAAACAGAAUUAUCCGUUGAUCGACAUGGGCACUGACCAAAAUCCCUUCACUUACAUUCCGGCCGAGAUGGUGGAGAUCCAGCCUGGACAGGCGAUCAAAGCCACUCUCACCAUGGAGGAGACAACAGCAAUGCUUGAAUUUGCAUGCCGCUCGCCAUAUUCCAAUGCUCUGUCGAUUAGCGCGGCCAGCCGUCAGGCUCUCAAUCUUGACGACAACGAACUAGACAAAUUCGGCCUCUCUGUCGACAAGAGGUUGCUUACCGUACAGGGAAGAAUUCUCAAUGCGCCGAUGGUGAGCUAUAUUGCCAAUGGUAAGAGGGCUGACGUAGCUCCAUCCAAGGGCCAAUGGAACAUGAGAUCAGUUAAGGUCGUCAAGCCAGGCAAGAGGUUUGAGCGCUGGACUUGGGUCAAUCUCAUGGCAGAUCAUCAGCGUAGGAGGGCCGUCGAUAAAUCGGUGGUGUUAAGUUACGGAGAAUGGUUGGUUAGUAUGGGCAUCAACAUCAACAAAACCCCCAUGGAUCCAUUCCGGGAGGUGGCCGAUCCCUCGAAUCUUGAGAAUGUCUUUGACUGGCUGAAAAAGAAUGAUGUCCAGCUCUUCGUCAUCAUCCUUCCCGAAAAGGACUCCACCGGCUUAUAUAGCAGGAUCAAGACGCUGGGCGACUGUACGUAUGGAAUUCAUACGAGUUGCGUAGUAGCCCAGCAGUUUGCAAAGGCAAAUCCAGCCUAUUUUGCCAACGUCGGGCUCAAGAUCAACCUGAAGGCCGGCGGCACCAACCACAAGCUACGAGACGAUUUUGGCAUUCUAAGUGAUGGCAAGGCCAUGAUUGUUGGCUACGAUGUUACUCACCCAACCAACAUGAGCCAGAGGAAAAGCAGCGAUACUCCCAGUCUGGCGGGCUUCGUAUCCAGCAUCGACAGAGAUCUCGCCCAAUGGCCUGCGAUAGCGUGGGAGCAACCUCCAAGGCAAGAGAUGCUCAGCGACAAACUACUAGAUGCAUUUAUGAUACGGCUGGAUACCUGGAGCAAGCACAAUGGAAACAAAUAUCCAGAAAACAUCGUCAUCUACCGAGACGGCGUCUCCGAGAGUCAAUUUUCCCAGGUGCUCGACAAUGAACUGCCGAUCAUCAGAGAGGCCUGCCGCAAGAAGUAUCCCGCCACCCAGGCCCAGCCAAAACUCACAAUUUUGGUCGCGGUGAAGCGGCACCAGACUCGCUUUUACCCUACCUCAGCAGAUGAUAUGUCCAAAUCUGGCAACACUAUCAAUGGAACGGUUGUGGAUCGGGGCGUGACCCAGGCAAGGUACUGGGACUUCUUCAUGACAGCCCACGAAGCCCUUCAAGGCACCGCUCGGCCAGCCCACUAUACCGUUCUUCUCGACGAAAUCUUCCGCGCGAAGUUCGGGGCUAAGGCCACCGACGAGCUGGAGCGUCUAACGCACGAGCUGUGCUAUCUCUUUGGCCGCGCCACCAAGGCUGUCAGCAUCUGUCCGCCAGCGUAUUAUGCGGACAUUGUCUGCGAACGGGCUCGCCAACACCGCCCUGAGCAUUACGGAGCUGGUGAUGAUACGGAGAGUGUGUCAACGAUAUCCGGGGCCGGAGGUGGCACGGCAGGGAGACAGGUGCAUGCCAAUCUCAGGGAUAGUAUGUAUUAUAUUUGA